CCUCUGACUCAACCUCCCCUAACAAAACACAACACCAAUCUUCAUCCUCCACCACCACGACAAAACCCACAAACCACCACACCUUCACACAACCAACCAUGACAACCCUCCUCUCUCCCCUCCCCUCCUCCUCCGACUCCUUACGCACAACCUCCCUGAUAACCACCGGCAUAAUCCUUUCAAGCACGUACCUAUCCUGGGGCCUUGGAGGGCACCCGGAACUCUCCUUCGAAGAGCUCCGUCUCUACCACCAACCCCUCGACACCCUCCCCUCCUUCGACGCCUUACGCACAACCACCAUGAUAACCUCCGGCAUAAUCCUUUCAAGCACGUACCUAUCCUGGGGCCUCGGUGGACACCCCGAACUCUCCUUCGAAGAACUCCGUCUCUACCACCACCAACCCUUCGACACCCUCUCGUCCGAGCGCACCGCAGUACUAAAUACCAUCCUUUUCUGCCUCCUGCCGUCGCUGAUACACCCCAUAGAGGGAGACACGAGUACGUACCUCUCCCCGGCGCCAAAGGUGUAUGAUGCGAGGUUUUAUCAUGCACUUGGGAGUGCGAAUGGGGCGUGGGUGUGGCUUGGGGGAAGGGUGGAUAGGAUGUGGAGGAGGAGGUGUAGGUUGUGGGCUGGGGAGGAGGCGAGGGGAGAGUUUUUUGAAAGGGUGGGGGGAGGGGAUUGGGAGAGGGUUGGAGGGAUGGAGGGAAGGGGGACGGAGGGGGGGAGGAAGGGGGGGGAGUGGGAGGUAUUGCCGUGGAAAAGGAGUGGGGGGAAGGGGGAUGGAGGGAGGAUUGUAAGUGUGAAGAGGAGGGAUACGGGCGGGUUGCCGAGGGCGGAGGAAAGGUUUGGGAGUGUGCUGCCAGCUGAGACACUGCUGCCGUGGGGUGUAUAUUUGCCCAUCAAGACGGAUCCGUAUUGUGUUAGGAGGGGGAGUAAGUUGAGGAACGAGGUUGUGGUGGAGGCGGGACAAGCAUCACUGCCAGAGUCGGAGAAUACGCACGAAACGGAAGCGGAGCACGAUGCGGCACAGGAUUCAGGAUUCGGACAUGCGAAUGUAGGCAAGGGGGCCACAACGACGACUAGGGAGACCAAGUUCGAGGAUAAGUACCCGUUGCGCAACCCGCGACUUCUGAUCCUACCUCUUCGACCGCGUCCUCUGCACUUUAUGGCCUCCGUACCACAACCAGCAGGCGCCUAAGUGGGCGAUUUCGGGAAUUCAGACACAUGUGGAUUACGGCAGAUAUGAGCGAGAGCGAUUUUGCGUAUUCUUUAAGUAUUAUUAAGCGGUGCAUCUUGGAUGGAGCAUUCUUUUGGAGUUUAUCUACGAUUGUUUGUGUAUAUUAAGUACCCUUGGAAUGAGUUAUGUCACUGGAGGCGGGAGUGUAGUUGUAUUUAUUGACCCUAACCCAAUACCUUUUUCGUCAAAUUUCCUGCUCAAAACAGUGACCAUUCUUGCUUAUAGGUAUGCCUCUGUACGGUUCUGUUCGAUGGGGCGUGGUAUAUAUACAUAGGAGAAGUUCAUCGAUU